ACAGAGAGGGAAUCAGAGCGACCCUGUCCCUUCCUUCCUUCAUGGAGCUGUGUCUGAGACCAAGAGACCGGGUCUGAAUGAUCCCGAGAGUGACUCGCUUGGAGGCACAGAAUUGGGACAGAGCCAUGUUCAGCGUCCAGGCGCCCUUCUUCUUCUCCAUGGGCCAUAUCCUCCUCUUCGUCUUCACGGCCUCUACCAUAUUUCACCUUCAGCAGCGGCUCGCGAAGAUUCGCCCCAGCUGGCAGUUUGAGACGCUGGUGUGGGCGCCCGCGGAAAACUCGACGACGCCCCGGCCCCGGGGCGGCAUGUUCACCAUCAACGCCCAAGGGCGCCUGGGGAACCAGAUGGGGGAGUACGCCACCCUGUACGCCCUGGCCAAGAUGAACGGGCGGCCCGCCUUCAUCCCGGCCGAGAUGCACAGCGCGCUGGCGCCCAUCUUCCGGAUCAGCCUCCCCGUCCUCCACCACACGGCGGCCGGCAGGAUCCCCUGGCGGAACUACCCCCUGAACGACUGGAUGGAGGACCGCUACCGCCACAUCCCGGGCGAGUACGUGCGCCUCACCGGCUACCCCUGCUCCUGGACCUUCUACCACCACGUGCGCGACGAGAUCCGGCGCGAGUUCACCCUGCACGACCACGUGCGGGAGGAGGCCCAGGCGUUUCUGCGGCGGCUCCGGGUGGGCGGGCGGCGGCCGGGCACCUUCGUGGGCGUCCACGUGCGCCGCGGCGACUACGUGCACGUCAUGCCCCGCGUGUGGAAGGGCGUGGUCGCCGACCGCGGGUACCUGGAGCGGGCCCUGGGCUGGUUCCGGGCCCGCCACCGCGCCCCGGUCUUCGUGGUCACCAGCAACGGCAUGGCCUGGUGCCGCGAGAACAUCGACGCCUCCCGCGGCGACGUCGUGUUCGCCGGCGACGGCGUGGAGACCUCGCCGGCCAAGGACUUCGCGCUGCUCACGCAGUGCAACCACACGGUCAUGACCAUCGGCACGUUCGGGAUCUGGGCCGCCUACCUGGCGGGCGGGGACACCAUCUACCUGGCCAAUUACACCCUCCCGGACUCCCCGUUCCUCAAACUCUUUAAGCCCGAGGCGGCCUUCCUGCCGGAGUGGAUUGGGAUCUCGGCAGACCUGUCCCCGCUGCUCCACCACUGAUGGUGGCCGGCCUUCGGCACCCCCCCUCCUUCGCUGGCUCCCCCGAGACCAGCUGCCCGAGGCCCCAGGGGCGUCUUGUUCCGUGGGCCAGGACCCUUCCCUCUCGCACCAGGACGCUCGAGAGGCCGCAAGAAACCCAAGUCGCCACCGACUUGAAAUAGCACGUUUCUGUGUCCCACGCAACAAGAGCGGUGGCGGCACAUCUCUGGGGUUCGUCGAGGCAGCGGCUCGGCGAUGUCACCGGGAACCCCAGUUCCGUCCAUCUUGUUCAACUGCCAUCAACUCCUCUCAGACCGCUCCCCACCCGUACCCCCCACCCCCAUGGUCCCAAAACGGCUGCCACAUAACCGGCUGUCACAUGCGGGCAACCUCUUCAGGAGGCAGCCAAAAAGAGGUCCGUUCUUCGGUCCCUUUUGAAGAGUGAGGGACGCAUUCCAAAGCCCUCCUGCAACUGCCCACCCCCCCCACCCCCCCCCACCCCCAUAGCUCACUGGCCGGAAGUGUAUCACAUGCCCGCCUGACCCAACACAAGGCCAGGCGAAUAAGACGCUGGGAUUGGCUUAGCUGCAAAUCAAUAAAUCUUUGCCCCCUUCAGCCGGGGUGUUGAUCAGCCUCCUCUGAAGGAUGUGGCGGCGGACAGGAGGAAAAGCGGGGCGCUCUUACCGAGGAGGAAGGACGCAAUGUACGCACGGAAAACAGGGAAGCCUUGAACUCGGUUGUCUGCUCGCUCCACAAAGCCGCCUGGCCAAGGAGGCAAGCGCGCCUCAAAUAGCGCGGACAACCACCUCUCCAAGCCCUGUGUCCUUGGCCUGGCUCAUUUUUUUCUAGUUUGCCCGGAACGGGGUGGGGGUGGGGGUGGGGGUGGGGGGACCUUUCCCCCGGUUUCCGAAAGAGCGCCGCCCUGUUGGCCAGUCGCCGGCGUGCGUCCCAACACCCCCGGGGCCCCACUUCUGCAACCCUGGCUUCCCAGGGCCUGGGACGAUUACUGUUGAGAACUCCGAGCGCAACAUGGCUCAGUGGACUUGAAGCGGGUCCAUCUGUUCCCUCCAUAAACACUCGUGGCGGUGGAACCUCGCUCGGAUCCCCGCCAGUGAAGGCGGGGUUGACAGAACCUAGCGGCCGACGUCCGGAUCGCCUGCGUGUGUGGCCGGUCCCCCAGGACAGCUUGGACUUCCGCCUGGAACAUUCCCUCAUCCGGCCGCCAUCUGGGUGUCGGAAGCCACCAUGCUGUGAGGGGGCCCAGGCUCGCUCCGAGGCCACGCGUAGGUGCUAACAAUGAGCGGUCUUAGCUGAGGUCAACUUCAAGUCCUUCGGCGUAGGCAUCCCCCAGGAUUCCACCUGUGACCAAAGAGGUAAUGGGGGAAAUAGAGAGGUCUAUACUCCAAGGGCUCAGGAGAGACUCCUCGGGCCUGGAGUUCACAGGUUCACAGCCCGGAAAGAGACAAUCCGAUGCCUCAAUCAGAGUGAUGUUUGAGCCCAGCACUCACCGCGGGCCAAUUGCAGAGAGGUCACACAAUACAGACAAGGCCACCGUAUUUGUAAGGGAGUCGGUCUGAAAAGGAAGUAAUAAAGGAAUAUAAGGACUGGGAGGCACCUGGGUGGCUCAGUCAGUUGAGCAUCUGACUCUUGAUUUUGGCUCAGGUCAUGAUCCCAGCGUCGUGGGAUGGAGCCCCACGUUGGGCUCCGCCCUAAGCAUGGAACCUGCUUGGGAUUCUCUCUCUCUCUCCCUCUCUCUCUCUCUCCCCCUCUACCCCUCCCCUGCUUGUGCAUCACCCUCUCUCUGUCUCUCUGUCUCUCU